UACGUGGUGCUGAGCUGUAGCUUCCCGGUCUGUGUGCACCAUGAGCCGGGUUCCUUGUACCACUGACAGGGGGUCCCUUGCACCAUGAGGACCCACUGUAAGCUCCUAGUCAGUCUGAUCUGUCUGGGGGUCUUCCUGGUGCUCUAUCUUUUACUGGGACAGCCAGAGGGACCCCAUGCCAGAAGUACCUACAGAUCCCCUGCGCCUGCCCCCUCAGGACAUGGGGACCCUCAUCCCCCCACUCAGGGGACCUUCCGGGAAAUACAGAACCCCAAGCCCAGGAGGAAUCCACUGCUGAAGAAAAAGAGGGGUGAAGGAAAGCCCCAUAUUCGGACUCGUGACCGAAAACCACAAACAGUCUUGUCGGAGGAAUGGAUGCAUCUCGCAGUGGUAGCUUGUGGAGAACGUCUGGAAGAGACGCUUACAAUGCUAAAAUCUGCUGUUCUCUUUAGCAUUAAGAAAAUUAAAUUUCACAUAUUUGCAGAGGACUCGUUAAAAUCAGAUUUUAAAAGAAAGCUGGAAGACUGGCCACAUCUGUUUACCAGGAAAUUUGAGUACAGAAUUUACUCGAUCACGUUUUCUGUAGGAAACCCUCAGGAAUGGAAAAAACUUUUCAAACCCUGCGCUGCACAAAGACUGUUCCUUCCAAUGAUUUUGCAAGACGUUGACUCGUUACUGUACGUGGACACUGACGUUCUGUUUUUGAGGCCUCUGGACGAUAUCUGGGCUUUUUUAAAAAAAUUCAAUGACACUCAACUUGCAGCCAUGGCACCGGAACAUGAAAUCCCAAAGAUCGGAUGGUAUAGUCGCUUUGCUCGCCAUCCGUUUUACGGAACAACCGGUGUCAACUCUGGAGUUAUGUUAAUGAAUCUGACUCGUAUUAGAAAGCAGCAGUUCAAGAACAACAUGAUUCCGGCUACUCUGACCUGGGAGGAGAUGCUGCACCCGUUAUACCAGAAGUACAAGAGUUAUAUCACAUGGGGGGACCAGGACUUACUGAAUAUCAUUUUUUCUUUCAACCCAGAGAAUCUUUAUGUGUUCCCGUGUCAGUGGAACUACAGACCUGACCACUGCAUGUAUGGCAGUAAUUGUAAAGGGGCAGAAGAAGACGGAGUGUCUAUACUACACGGGAAUAGGGGCGUAUACCACGACGACAAGCAGCCAAGCUUCAAAGCCUUUUAUGAAGUGAUACGAGAUUAUCCAUUUGAUGGCAAUCUCUUCCAGUCGAUGUACUAUCCCCUCCAAUCAAAGUUUUUAGAGAGCGUACACACACUAUGCGGCAGGAUACCACAGGUUUUUCUGAAGCAGAUUGAGAAGACCAUGAAGAAAGUCUAUGAGAGACGGGUUAUUGUGCAUGCAGGGGCCCAUUUAAGACUCUGAGAGUAUGCUGAGCUUUCUUCCAUUGGGAGAGUACACAAGAUGCAUAUAUACAAUAAAGAAAAAUGGGAGCACCACAUCUGGAACUAGGAGACAAUUUUGACAUGUCAAAAAAGACACUGUUGAUCAUUUGGGUUGGCAGAAAUGGCACCAGGUUAAUUUAUUUGGAUUAUUCUCUGCAUACAUGGAAAAGCACUAUACAUAUGUCUUGCUGUCAACAAUUCCAUAUGGUUACUGUUAUUCUUCAUGGAAUUCAUUAACAGUCUUAUACUUAGAAAUAGCAGCAUAUUAGCACCAAUAGGACAACCUGGUCUGCCCAUUGUGCUUUCUAAAUUCUUGGCUUAUUUAGACUUCAGAGUUGCCUUCUGCAUAUCCUUCUUGGGCUACUCUUCUAUAUAGGUAGCCUUUGCUUAUGUCUGGAUUCCAUUCUGAAGGAGUCACUGCAAAAAGAAUCUGUAUAAAAAGAAUCUACUUAUAUCAUGUAAGCCAAAGGGAAAUUUAUGAUUUACUUUUCAGCCCCCUCUCAAAAUUGACACAAAUAAUAUUGAUUUAAUUUUUGGAUUACAAAAUGGGGAGAUUAACAUGGCAAAUAUUGACUAAGUGUUUGUUUUAGGAGGUAACAAUCCCAAGCUGGUGGGAUAUUAACUGUAUUAACGACAGAAGCGCUUUAGGAUUGUGAUAACUGCAAAAUCACACAAACAAUACCGGCUGAUGUUCAGAAAUCAUUAUCUGCUAAAUACAAGUCCACAACUGGGAUUAACCACUAACUAUCAAAGUAUUGUCCCUUUAAGUGCAAAGUCUCCUCGAUUCCUGUGCAAACAAGGUCUUAUCUGAUGACAGACUACUAGUUAAUGCUGGUAAUUUAUUUAUCCUUCCAAAGAGAGUUGUCAGUGCCGUUUUAGUUAUUAUUGUGAAGCAGUGUUAAGCAAACUGUUGUCAAAUGAGAGCGACCUGUACUUCUGGAAGGAUAUACCCCGUAUCUACCUAGCUGUCUGUAAAGUUGCCCAAAGAUUUGAUUUAUUUGUUUAUUUUAUCUGUAAUAUAGUCAUUUUUCUUGUUUUCUAUGGAUAUACAUUGGGGGUGCUUGUCAUGUUGAUAUAUAAUGUUUUUUUUAAUCUUUAGUUAAUUUAUAUUACAUAGAGCUUUGCACAGACUCAACUGGUUAAAGCUUUAGACAGCAACUUACAUGGAUGGAACUUUGAAAGUUUCAAUAUGUGAACUUUGUAGAAAAUUAUUAGGAGAGAUUCGAAAAAAAUAAUAAUGGAAUAACUUAAAGUGAAUGUAAAGUUUGCGGAAUGAGUGCCCGGUUUUUAAAAAUCCUAUUAAAAACAGGGGCACUUUCAUUCAUCAAACUUUACAUUUCACUGGUUUUGUUAAAAUACUUACCUUUUCGUCUUGAAAGCCGCUGCAGCGCUUCUCCAGCCCACGGCAAGCCUCUUCAUACAUCAGCAAUUAAGAUUCCGGGUUACUCCAAUAACAGCACCAGAGCGCCUUUCACGAAGAGAAGGUAUUUUAACAAAACCAGUG